AUGUCCAAGCCUCGUACUGGUCUCUACCUCGGUCUCGCCGCGGCUGGUGCCGGCGGUUACUACCUGUACCGUGCGGGCGGCGAUCCCCAGAUCGCAAAGAAUGAGAUGAAGAUUGACGCCAACAAGGCCCGUGAGAAGCUUCCUACUUCUGAUCACACCGCCGAGAAGACCGCCAAGAACGCCGGUGCUGACGUCGGCGAGGCUAUUGACAACGCCCGCCUGAAGGCCAACCUGACCCUCGACAACAGCAAGCAGCACUUGGAGGAGGGCAAGAAGCAGCUUGAGAACUACGGCAAGGAGGCUCGUGAUCAAUUCAACUCCACUGUGGACAAGGUCGACCGCACUGUGGAGCAGAAGGCCGCCGAGGCCAAGGGCACCGUUUCAGGGUGGUUCAGUGGAAAGUCUUGA